AUGGCUACUAUAACUUGUAACUCAACUGUACCAGGCCUCUUGUCUAAAGCUAUUAUUAUAGUAAAAGUAAACAACAUUGAUGAAAAUACUAUCAUUGCAACUGGUAGCUCUAACAAUGGCUAUAGCAUUAGCCGAGAAUGGAGCAGAUAUUUUAACGUAUCCAUCAGCAUUUUUCUUCGGUACAGGUGCUAUCAUUGGGAAAUAUUAUUGCGAGCCAGAGCCAUUGAAACUCAAUGUUAUGUAAUUGCUGCUGCACAAACCGGCAUUCAUAGCUCAGCUAGAAAAUCUUGGGGUCACUCACUGGUAGUUGAUUCACUAGGAACAGUUAUAGCACAAUGUUCUGAAGAACCGUGUUUUGUUUUGGCAACAAUUGAUUUAUCAUUAAUUAAAAGUAUUCGUCAGUCAAUGCCUCUGGAAUGCCAUAGACGAUACGAUAUUUACCCAAAAAUGAUUUCAAGUACCUUAUGUAGGACUAAGUCUAUUGAAGAUUUUAAUGAAUUUAAAUUUGGAUCAUCAAUAGUUAAAGGUUUACAAGUAUUUUACAAAACAGAAUUAUCCUUAGCAUUUACCAAUAUUAAAUGUGUCUUACCAGGACGUAUCCUUUAUGAAUUUGCUCCUCUUAGAGCUGUGGAAAAAUUGACUGGCUUAUCUAAUUACGAAGUUGAGGAUCUAUUCCUUGCAGUUAAAAAGGUUCAAAAAACCAUUGAACAAGUACAAAACCCUAAUUCAUCAUCUAUUGUUAUUCAAGACGGCCCACAUGCUGGACAAACCAUUAAAAACAUUCAUGUUCAUAUUAUUCCAAGAAAGUCUGGAGAUUUUUUGGUGAAUGAUGAUAUAUACAGACAAUUACAAAAUGAAAAAUACUGCACUGAUCCAAUGAGAAGCUAUGAUGAGAUGGCACAAGAAGCUAAAUUAUUAAGAUCGUUAUUUUAA